AUGUCAAUGAAGGCGGCUAGAGCACUGACCCAGGAGACUUGGGUUCUAUUCUUAGCUCUGACUGGGGACCUUGAGGGCCGCAUCGCGGGGCCGGGGGACGCGGCGGGGGAUCCGCGCGGCGAGAGCGGCCCGGGCCCGAGGGAGCCGCCGAGCGCGGGAGCCGCCGAGCUCCGGACCCGGCGGGCGGGGCCCGGGGAGGCGCCCGGGCGAGCCCGGGGAUCGAGCCCGAGCGCUGGGCCGCGGGGAGCCCGAGGCCGCCCGAGCCCAUGGAGCACCCGGCCGCCAAGCGGCGCUGCGGCCCCCCCCGGCGGCGGGCGGGGGCCCGAGGGGCCCGGCCCCGGGGCCGCCGCGGAGGGCGGAGGAGGCGGCCGGGCCGAGACGCUGCUGGACCUCAGCGCCAAGCGGGUGGCGGAGACGUGGGCCUUCGAGCAGGUAGAGGAGCGAUUCUCCCGCGUCCCGGAGCCUGUGCAGAAGCGCAUCGUGUUCUGGUCCUUCCCGCGCAGCGAGCGCGAGAUCUGCAUGUACUCGUCCCUCGGCUGCCACCCCCCCGAAGGCGAGCGAGAUUCCCGGGUGCCCUUCAACCGCGGCCUGCAUCUGCUGCAAUCUGGGGCCGUCGACCGGGUGCUGCAAGUGGGCUUCCACCUGAGUGGGACCGUGACAGAGCCGGCCGGCCCCAGCGAGCCGGAGCGGAGCUUCCACGUCUCCAUCAGCUUUGACCGCUGCAAGAUCACGUCGGUGAGCUGCGCCUGCGACAACCGGGACAUCUUCUACUGCGCCCACGUGGUGGCGCUGUCGCUCUACCGCAUUCGCAACGCCCGGCAGGUGGAGCUGCGCCUGCCCAUCUCCGAGACCCUCUCCCAGAUGAACCGUGACCAGCUGCAGAAGUUCGUCCAGUACCUGAUCAGCGCCCACCACACCGAGGUGCUGCCCACCGCCCAGCGGCUGGCCGACGAGAUCCUCCUGCUGGGCUCCGAGAUCAACCGGGUGCACGGUGCCCCAGACCCCACGGCUGGCGCCGGCAUCGAGGACGCCAAUUGCUGGCACCUGGACGAGGAGCAGAUCCAGGAGCAGGUCAGGCAGCUCCUGUCCAACGGCGGCUACUACGGAGCCAGCAAGCAGCUGCAGUCCAUGUUCAACAAGGUGCGCGAGAUGCUGCGGAUGCGGGACUCCAACGGCGCCCGCAUGCUGAUCCUGAUGACGGAGCAGUUCCUGGAGGACCCGCGCCUGGCCCUGUGGAGGCAGCAGGGAGCCGGCAUGACGGACAAGUGCCGGCAGCUGUGGGACGAGCUGGGGGCCCUGUGGGUGUGCGUGGUCCUGAACCCCCAUUGCAAGCCGGAGGAGCGCGCCCUGUGGCUGGCGUUGCUGAAGAAGUGGAACAAGCUGGAUGUCUGCCCCUUGGAGGAGGGAAACUAUUCCUUCGAUGUGCCCGGAGCCACCGCGGCCCUGCAGCUCCCCUCAGUCCCCAGCUCAGCGGGCGCCCGCCAGACCGUCUUCGGCCGCGCCAUCAAGGCCGGGGAGCUGCGCUGGGGCGACUGCCACCUGCAGAAGAUCCUCGGCAGCGACUGCUACGGCCUGGGCAUGAAGACAGGCGGCGACAAGCUCUGCUUCGACCCCCAGGGCCGCCCGCUCUGGCUGGGCGACCCCUUCCCCACGGCCUGCGCCCGCGUGGACGCCCUGCGCUCCCACGGCUACCCCCGCGAGGCCCUGCGCCUGGCCGCCGCCCUCGGCAACACCAUGCGUCUGCAGCGGCGCCACCAGCUCGAGAGCUACAAGCAGCAGAAGAAAGAGAUAUUGCACAAGGGCAGCACGUCCAUCACCAACCUGGAGGGCUGGGUGGGCCACCCCCUGGACCCCAUCGGCUGCCUGUGCCGGACCCUCCUGGAGCCCUGCCGCACGGACCAGGAGGGGCUGUCGCUCUAUCCAGGUACGGGGCGGGAUGUACCACGCUCUGUGACGGUUCUCGUAAACCCUGUUACAGUCCCAGCCCUCGCUCGGUUAGAGCCGGGGGGCUGGGGGCCAGGCCGAGCCCGGGCUUGGGGGAGCUCCCCUGACCAGCCCCCUUCUCCCAUCCACAGGCUCCCCGUGCUGGAGACGGUGAUGCCGGCCGGGGACAUCCUCCACCAGAACCCACUGGACUCCAUGAUGGCCAAUCGCUUUCCCCGCUGGUUCAUCCUGGGCCACCUGGAGACGCGCCAGUGCGAGCUGGCAUCGGCCAUGCUCACCGCAGCCAAAGGAGACCCCAAGUGGCUGCACACGGUCCUGGGGUCCAUCCAGCAGAACAUCCACUCCCCUGCCCUCCUGUUCAAACUGGCCCAGGACGCCUGUAAGACUGCGACGCCGGCCAGCGCCCCGCCGGACGCCACGCUGCUCAACAUCUCCCUGGAGCUCGGCCUGCAGGUGAUGCGGAUGACUCUGAAUACCAUGACCUGGCGCCGGAGGGAGAUGGUGCGCUGGCUGGUGAGCUGUGCCACGGAGAUCGGAGUGCAGGCGCUGAUGAACAUCAUGCAGAACUGGUACAGCCUCUUCACCCCCAUCGAAGCCACCACCAUCGUGGCCGUGACAGGCACCACCCCGGCUACCCUGCUGCGUCUCAACCUGGCCUUCGGGCAGCGGGACGAGCUGUGUGCCCGGGCCCGGGCCGUGGCCCUGCAGUGCGCCAUGAAGGACCCGCAGAACUGCUCGCUGCCGGCCCUGACCCUGUGCGAGAAGGACCACGCCGCCUUCGAGGCCGCCUACCAGAUCGUGCUGGACUCGGCUGCCGCGGCCGGCAUGGGCCACUCCCACCUCUUCACCGUGGCCCGGUACAUGGAGCACCGGGGGCUGCCCCUCCGCGCCUACAAACUAGCCACCCUGGCCUUCUCCCACCUCAGCAUCGCCUUCAACCAGGACACGCACCCGGCCGUCAACGACGUGCUCUGGGCCUGCUCGCUCAGCCACUCCCUGGGCAAGAGCCAGCUCUCGGCCAUCGUGCCCCUCAUCAUCCAGAGUGUGCAGUGCGCCCCCAUGCUCUCCGACAUCCUGCGCCGCUGGAGCCUGCCCCCGCCGGGCCUAGCCGCCCUCUCCGGCCGCCGCCACGCCGCCAAGCCCCCUGCCGCCCCCGGCCUGGACAAAGCCCCCCUGUGCCAACUGCUGGAGGCGGCCAUCGCCGCCUACGUCAGCACCACCCACUCGCGCCUCACCCACAUCAGCCCCCGGCACUACAGCGAGUUCAUCGAGUUCCUCUGCAAGGCCCGCGAGACCUUCCUGCUGGCCCCCGACGGCCACCUGCAGUUCGGCCAGUUCCUCGACAACCUCAAACAGACCUACAAGGGCAAGAAGAAACUCAUGCUCCUGGUGCGGGAGCGAUUUGGCUAGGGGGGGGGCCACGGCCUGAUCCUCUUCCCUCCCCCCUUAGGGUCUAUGGAUUCAGCUGGGGAACCCCCACAUCACUGCCCCCUGAGGGUGGGUUGGUUUGACGGGGGGCCUCCUCUGACUGGGGGUCCCUGGGCUAGGAUUUGGUCAAUGGGGGAGGCCUCUGUACCCUUUUGAAGGACCCCCUUUCUCUCCAGUGUUUAAUUUAUAGUUGGGGGGCGGACUCAUGGUGGGGUUGUAGGAGUCACAGAUUUCAGUGUUACGGCAGGACGGCUGCCGCUACCGGCUGUCUGCCUUGAAGGAGCCGAGCCCGGGGGUCGGAGCUGGGCAGAAGCAGGUGGCGGUGGGGCCAGCCUGGGUUUGAUGGGGUGGCUGGGGCCCCAAUCCUAGGGCAGCAGGGGCCCGGGCUUGGCGGCAGCUGUGAGCUGGUGUGAUUUUUAGCCAGCACCUUGGGGGCACUGCUGGUUUCCUGCUGCUCUUCAGUGAGGGGGGGGAUCCGUAAUUCUUGGAAAGAAGCCGUCUCCACCCCAGCUCUCCCAGAGUCAGUACCAUUUUUGCCCAUAACUUCCCUCUUGGGAAUUUGAACCUGUGACAGCAGAAGCCCUGACCUGUCCUACCUCUUCCCCCCAGCCGUGAAGUGGGGGGAAGCAGGGCGUGGGCCCCAUGCUCCGGCUCCUCCAUCCCCCUGUGCCAAUACCUGAGUUGUUUUCCCUGCUGGCAUCUUGCAACGGCGAGGAGCCGAAGACUUAACCCCUGGGAGGGGCCUGGCCAGGCCCUCGGCUCCUUUAGCCCUACCCAGCCCCAGCCUUUCGAAGGGCUAAAGGACCCCUUCUGAGGCAGCUCCGGUCGCUGGCAGCUGCUGGCGAAGGCUGGAAGCCAGAGGGGACCUGGGUCUUUCUGCAGUGCCCAUCCCCCUGGUCUCUGAGGGCUCUGCAGCGAGAAGGGCGUCGGACCAGCCGUCGUUCAGAUCUGGGAGAGGCCAAGCUCCAGGGCUCGUUUGCCCUUAGUUCUAGCCUGACCGUUCCCGCGCUACCUCCCAAAAACAUUGUUAUGGAAAUUUCCAGGAACGGGUGGCUCUGGCCCUGGUCCCUGUGCCCGGCACCUGCAACCUCCGACCUCUGGGGCUGCCUCUCUCCCAGCACGGGGCAGCCGGGCGAGGGGGACAAGCGCCUGCCUGCCCGUCUGGUGCUCCCAGCCCCAAGCUGCCGGCCUGGUGGAUUUCCUGCGGUUCUUUUCCAGCUGGUGGGGGUUCUUUCCAGGUGACUAUUUAGGGACCAACCCCCCCUUAUCUGGUCCUCUCUUACCCCCUCUUACCCCCACCCCCAGUAUUUCUGCUCUAACCCCGGGGGGGAGGGAAGAUGUAGAUGAAUCCAGGACCCAGUUGGGGGGGGCGGGCGCUACAUCGAUCCCAGCAAAGAAGGGGGGGGCCCUGAUCCAGCCUGUAUUGCACCCCGGCAGGGCUGGGGAUGUGAUCUGUUCUGCAGACACCCCCAAGUGAAGGAUUCCUAAUCUGGUCUCUCCCAGCGCAAGGCUCAGGGGGGCGGAAAGCUUUCCUGGUUCGUAGCAGUGCUCGUUUCAUACCUCAAUCCUCCCCCUGCUUCAGGCCAGAGCAAGACUAGGAGACUGGAGGGUUUUUGGUUUUUUUCUACCCUGGGGGUGGGUGGGGGGGUAAUUUCUCAGUCUCCGCCAGAGGGUGCCCUCCCCCCUCUCCAAAACUCCAUUUUCCUCUGGCUAAAUUCUACUCAGGAAAGACGCCCGGGCACGUUACAAACUCGAUUAUUGUGAAGAUGAGAUAAUCUAAAAGAGAUUAAUAUAUAUGAAGAGAGGGUCUGAGAUGACCUGGGGGGAGGGGGGGGCUGUUUGAUUUUGAUGCUCCAUGUCCCUUGAGAGCCGAGGAGGGGCAGACGAUAUUCUUCUAUAUUGCACAGCUCGGGUGAGGAGCCCUCCACACCUGGUUUGUUCCUUACCGGUCAUUGUUGGUUUGUUUGUUGGUUUGUUUGUUUCCCUGCCUAUAUUACAAAAAACAACAAAAAAAUCAUGUAAUUUUGUAAUUUUUUUCUAUUUAUUGAAUUGUUUAUUGUAUUGUAUUUUUUGUAAAAGUUUUAACAUUAAAAACACGACUUUUUUGGUUUCUUCUUGG